CUGCUCCUUACCGCAACCAUGGCCGGUGCACCCCAGCAGCCGUUGACCUUCAACGAUGUUUUCGAGGAGGAGGAGCACAUGGAGCCCAAGGAGGCCCAUACCAUUCACCACAUUCGUGCUAAUUCCAGCAUUAUGCACCUCGACAAGAUUUUAGUCGCCAACCGUGGUGAAAUCCCUAUCCGAAUCUUCAGAACCGCCCACGAACUCUCACUACACACCAUCGCCGUCUACAGUUAUGAGGACCGUCUCAGCAUGCAUCGGCAAAAGGCCGACGAAGCUUACGUCAUUGGCAAGCGAGGCCAGUACACCCCCGUUGGAGCCUACCUUGCGGGCGAUGAAAUUAUCAAGAUUGCCCUUGAGCACGGCGCACAGAUGAUUCACCCAGGUUAUGGUUUCUUGUCUGAGAACGCCGAAUUCGCUCGCAAUGUCGAGAAGGCCGGCCUGAUUUUUGUCGGCCCGUCUCCUCAGGUCAUCGACUCCCUCGGUGACAAGGUCUCUGCCCGUAAGCUUGCCAUUGCUGCCGGAGUGCCCGUCGUGCCGGGAACAGAGGGCGCUGUUGCCGCAUUCGAGGAGGUCAAGACCUUCACCGAUACCUAUGGCUUCCCCAUCAUCAUCAAGGCUGCCUACGGUGGUGGUGGCCGUGGCAUGAGAGUUGUGCGAGACGCCGACUCCCUGCAGGAGCACUUCGAAAGAGCCACAUCCGAGGCCAAGUCGGCCUUCGGUAACGGUACCGUCUUUGUUGAGCGAUUCCUUGACAAGCCCAAGCACAUUGAAGUCCAGCUUCUUGGUGACAAUGAAGGCAACGUCGUGCACCUGUACGAGCGUGACUGCUCCGUCCAGCGUCGCCACCAGAAGGUCGUCGAGAUUGCUCCUGCCAAGGAUCUCCCCGCUGCCACCCGUGAUGCUAUCUUGGCUGAUGCUGUUAAGUUGGCCAAGUCAGUUAACUAUCGCAACGCCGGUACCGCAGAGUUCCUGGUCGACCAGCAGAACCGCUACUACUUCAUCGAGAUCAACCCUCGUAUCCAGGUCGAGCAUACCAUCACUGAGGAAAUCACUGGCAUCGACAUCGUCGCUGCUCAAAUCCAGAUCGCUGCCGGUGCCAGCUUGGCUCAGCUUGGUCUGACCCAGGACCGCAUCUCCACCCGAGGCUUUGCGAUUCAGUGCCGUAUCACCACCGAGGACCCUGCCAAGAACUUCUCACCCGAUACCGGUAAGAUCGAGGUCUACCGAUCUGCCGGUGGUAAUGGUGUCCGUCUUGACGGUGGUAACGGAUUUGCCGGUGCCGUCAUCACCCCUUUCUACGACUCCAUGUUGGUCAAGUGUACUUGCAAUGGUUCCACAUACGAAAUCGCCCGCAGAAAGGUUCUCCGUGCUCUCAUCGAGUUCCGUGUCCGCGGCGUCAAGACCAACAUUCCUUUCCUUGCCCGACUUUUGACUCACCCUACAUUUAUUGACGGAAACUGCUGGACAACCUUUAUUGAUGAUACCCCUCAAUUGUUUGAUUUGCUUGGCAGCCAGAACCGUGCUCAGAAGCUGCUGUCCUACCUCGGUGACGUUGCCGUCAACGGCAGCAGCAUCAAGGGCCAGAUUGGCGAGCCCAAGUUCAAGGGCGAGAUAAUCGUUCCUGAGAUUGUCAACUCGGCCGGCGAGAAGGUCGAUGUCUCCCAGCCAUGCACUGUCGGAUGGCGCAACAUCCUCGUGGAGCAGGGCCCCAAGGCCUUUGCUAAGGCUGUUCGCGAAUACAAGGGAUGCCUUUUGAUGGAUACCACCUGGAGAGAUGCUCACCAGUCUCUGCUUGCCACCCGUGUCCGAACAGUCGAUCUGCUCAACAUUGCCAAGGAGACCAGCCACGCCUUGUCCAACCUUUACAGUCUCGAGUGCUGGGGUGGCGCCACCUUUGACGUAGCAAUGCGUUUCCUCUACGAGGAUCCUUGGGAACGUCUUCGCCGCAUGCGCAAGCUCAUCCCCAACAUCCCCUUCCAGAUGCUUCUCCGUGGUGCCAACGGUGUCGCUUAUUCUUCGCUUCCUGACAAUGCCAUUGAUCACUUUGUCGACCAAGCUAAGAAGAACGGUGUUGAUAUCUUCCGUGUCUUCGACGCCCUCAACGACAUUGAUCAGCUCGAAGUCGGUAUUAAAGCAGUCCACAAGGCCGGCGGUGUUGUUGAAGGGACAGUGUGCUACUCGGGGGAUAGUGAGUUUCUUUCCUUCUUUACUAACCCCACUAAGAAGUACAAUCUUGAGUACUACUUGGCUCUCGUGGACAAGCUUGUUGCUCUUGACAUCCAUGUCCUUGGUAUCAAGGAUAUGGCCGGUGUGCUCAAGCCCCACGCUGCCACCCUCCUGAUUGGCAGCAUCCGCAAGAAGUACCCCGACUUGCCUAUUCACGUCCACACUCACGACUCUGCUGGAACUGGUGUUGCAUCCAUGGUUGCCUGUGCCCAGGCCGGAGCUGAUGCUGUUGAUGCCGCUACUGACAGUCUGUCUGGUAUGACUUCUCAGCCCAGCAUCAAUGCCAUCCUUGCCUCCCUUGAGGGAAGCGAGUACAGCCCCGGCCUUGACCCCAGACAAGUCCGUGCUCUGGAUACCUACUGGUCGCAGCUCCGUCUUCUAUACUCUCCCUUCGAGGCUCACCUUGCCGGUCCUGACCCCGAGGUGUACGAGCACGAGAUUCCUGGUGGUCAGUUGACCAACAUGAUGUUCCAGGCCUCUCAGCUUGGUCUUGGUUCUCAGUGGCUCGAGACCAAGAAGGCUUACGAGCAUGCCAACGAUCUCCUUGGUGACAUUGUCAAGGUUACUCCUACUUCCAAGGUCGUUGGUGACCUUGCCCAAUUCAUGGUCUCCAACAAGCUCUCUGAGGAAGAUGUCCGUGCUCGUGCCUCGGAACUCGACUUCCCUGGAUCCGUUCUCGAGUUCUUUGAAGGUCUCAUGGGUCAGCCAUUUGGAGGCUUCCCCGAGCCUCUACGUAGCGACGCGCUUCGUGGUCGUCGCAAGCUCGACAAGCGACCUGGACUGUUCCUUGAGCCUGUUGACUUUGUCAAAGUCAAGCGUGAGCUGGGCAAGAAGCUCGGCGCUCCAGUGACUGAGUGCGACAUUGCCUCGUACGUCAUGUACCCUAAGGUCUUUGAGGACUACAAGAAGUUCGUUCAGCAGUACGGCGAUUUGUCCGUUCUUCCAACCAGGUACUUCCUCUCCAGGCCCGAGAUUGGCGAGGAGUUCCACGUUGAGCUUGAGAAGGGCAAGGUCCUCAUCCUGAAGCUCCUCGCUGUUGGUCCUCUGAGCGAGAACACUGGUCAGCGUGAGGUCUUCUUCGAGAUGAACGGAGAGGUUCGACAGGUCACUGUCGUUGACAAGAAGGCUGCCGUUGAGAACGUCAGCCGACCCAAGGCCGACCCCACUGACUCUAGCCAAGUCGGUGCACCCAUGUCUGGUGUCUUGGUCGAGCUCAGAGUCCACGAGGGUCACGAUGUCAAGAAGGGCGACCCUCUUGCUGUCCUCUCUGCCAUGAAAAUGGAAAUGGUCAUCUCCGCCCCUCACAGCGGAAAGGUGGCAGGAUUGCAAGUCAAGGAAGGAGACUCUGUUGAUGGAUCCGACCUGGUCUGCAGAAUUACUAAGUCUUAA